CUGUUUUUGUGAAAAUCAUUAGCUCUGUCUGGUCUUGGGACUGAUUGUGGCCGAAUAUUUUUGUGCUCUUUUCGCGAGUAAAUCCAACAUUUUCCGAGUAAAUUGUGCUUAAUUUGUUAGAGAUCGACAUCCUCGACAAUAAUAUCGCAAAGGUGCGUGCGAAAUCUACGGCCAGGUUGGAAAAUUUGCCAUUUUCGUCGCACUUUGAGAAACGGUUCCCUUUUCGUCGUAAGCUUUCUUUUCUCUCUCUCUUUUGAUUGGCUGCAACAAAACAACAAGGCUGCCUUGGAUUGGAACCAACACAGGCGAAUGCCAAUAAAUAAAUAUUUUGGGUGUUGCAGAUGAGUAAUCGAACGACGACGACGUUGUUGUUUACGACGACUUGAGAAUUUAUAUUAUAAAGGAAGUUAGGCUGCGCCAAGGCCGAAGCCGUCAUGGAUCCGAAGCAAAUUACGGCGCUGGCAAAGUUGCUGAAGGAGAGUGGCGAUAAAGUGCUGAAUUGCGAGUAUAAACUAUCGUUAUCGGGGUCGUUGAUGCGAGCGCUGAAUGAUUCGUUCAGUUUGAUUGUGGACAAGAAUGAGAUUCUUCCUCCGCAGGGUUUCCAGGUGGUCAAACCCAACAAUGCCAAAUCGGACGUGUUCCGAGACCUGCAGUUUAUAUAUGAUUUUGUCCAGAAGACGGUCAUACUGAGUUUGAAUCAGUUUAUAAACGAUGAUCCGUACGAAUUUGCGGUGGACAUUGCCAAGUUUAGAAGCUUACGAAAGUUGGAGAUUCAGAAGAUUCCGAUUAGUCAGGUGAUGGGCAUUCAGCAGAUGCGGUCUCAGCUGGUUGAGAUAACGUGCAUUCGGAGCAUAGCGAAUGUGAAGGAGAUUAUCACCUCGUGCGGAGGCGAUAAUGGGAACGGCUUCACGUGGAACGAGCUCAAGGCAGCCAACUUUUCGUACAAUAUGCUGGACCAUAUUGAUAGUUCGCUUGAGUUUACACCGUGGUUGGAGAACCUGAACCUGAGUCACAAUCAAAUUGUGAGCGCAUCAGCAAUCAAAUGGCUGCCAAAUCUGCGCGUGCUAAAUCUGAGCUUCAAUCGCCUCAGCCAUAUUCCUUCGUUUCACGUCGACACCAUGAAAAAGUUGCAAAUUUUUCACAUCUCGAACAAUUUCAUCGAGGAUCUGUCCGGAGUUUCGCGUCUGUUGAGCCUCAACGAUCUGGACCUUUCCGGGAAUUGUAUCGUAGAUCACACGGCACUCCUCCCGGUCAGCACGCUGUCCUCGCUGUGUUGCCUCAACCUGAAGGACAAUCCGCUGGCCUGCCAUCCGAAGCACCGGCAGGCGAGUGCUCGAUAUCUGAACCGGAACACGUCCAACGCGAAAUUCGUUCUGGACGACGAACCGUUGACCAAGUACGAAAAAACGCUCACAGGAAACUACGACAGCUAUCACGCGAUUCUGGUGCCGCGGAGUCCGGGAAGUGUCACGUCCAGCGGGUUCAACACUCCGACGAGAAAGAGCGUCAUGAACACGCCAACGGGAAGCAUAUCUUCGAAGAGUAGCUUCAUGCUGGAUGUUAGAGACAUGAGCAGCUCAAUCAUCAGCCAAAAGAAGAUCAAGGUGCGACGUGCAAUCAUUUCGGAAGACGAACCGUCCGAAAGUAACCAACCAAAAGUGACCAAAGUAGAGUUGACCGCGGCGUCGGCCAAUAGUUUAGAAACAAGCCGCGACCAUCUGGAGACGAAGAAGCAGCUGGAGAACCUGCGCAAACAGUACGGCAGCGAGUGGCUCCAGAGCCAGGCCGGCGACAUGGUCAAGAACGUGAUCGGCUUCGACCCGUCCACGGAGAAGGAGUUUGAGAGUGUGAUGCACUACGAAAGUGACAGCAAACGCUCCGCGACGACGGCCCCCAUCGAUACGAACCACUUUGACCAGUCCGGAGGGGACGCGAUGAUGAUGACGUCCACGCCCGUUGAUCGGGACGGUUCGACGUUGAUGGAGUCGAUCGAGUCGCCGAUUAGGCGUGGGAAACGGUCGGACAAUGAGGCAAACGAGUCCGAUUUUAAGAGUGUGCUUAGCGAUUCAAACUACUUGUCGGUGACGGGGACGACCGUUGAAAACACCAAAAACUCGCUGGAUCUGACCAAUAUCUAUGGGAAUGCGGCGGAGGUUGAGACAGAAUCGGAAGUGGAGGAAGAUGAGCGUUGCUACAUGGUGAAAAUCAAAGAAAGUCCGACAGAGUUCUGCCUAAUAGUUUCGGAAGCGAGCAUUCGGGAAAAGGACAACGGAAAGACGAAGACCCGCUGGGGCAUCAAAACGCUGCAGGCGUGCGAGCGGCCCACGUCCACGACCAUAAUCCUGCUGUUCGACACGAUCAAGCGGGACAAAAAGUCGCGGACGUACGAGGCGGACGAGCUGACCUGCCAGGAGCUGGAACACUACCUGCGGGACAUCCUCUCGAAGCGUCCGCUAUCGGAGAUGAACCAGAAGCUGUACAAGUGCGUGGUUUGCAACGCGACGUUCUCCCGUGAGGUCAACCAGAACAAGUCGAUGGACGAUCUUCAGUGUCCGGAGUGCCAGGGAGGGUAUUGCAUCGAGAUCAAGGAAUCGCCGAGCAAACAGGUGCUGGAGAGUGAUUUGAACGUCAGAACGGUGGUUCCGGAAGCUGAUACGACUGCGGACGAGUCGGUUCCGGGAACGUCCGGACUGGGGGCGACGUUGAACCAGAGUGGAUCGAAGAACAGCAUUGUACUGCCGGUAGCAUGGAAGUCACCGGUGAAGAACAAACCGAGAUCGGCCAACUCGCUGAACGACUCAUCGUCUUGCUCGCGGAUUUCCGAACCGACGAGUUCGUGCGAUUCGAACCAGAGUGUGGCGGGAAGUACCAACUCGGAGCGCGAUCGGGACGUCGAUCUGCAGCUGGGCAACGAGAGCGACAUCGAGAUACUGAGCAAUCCUAGUCAAAGCAGCAUCGAGGUGCUGGAUCGGGGCUUCCACCCCAGCCGAAAACACUCGGAGGAACGGCGCAACCUACAACUUCCACCGGACCUGGUCGCCACGGCGCUGGAAAACACCAGUGACGACUUCAAAAUCGCAUCGUCCACCCUCAUCAACCAGGAAACGUCCACCCACGAUCUCAUUGCGAAGGCCACCGAAAGCUUUGCCAAGGCCGUCAAGCUGGACGAUGCCGAAGGAGAACCGGAGGGCAAGGAACCAGCCUCAGCAGCGGCAAAGUCGCCACCUUCGGCAGCGUCGGCCCAAGCACACAAGAAAAACUAUCUCACGGCGGCCAACCUAACCGAGAGCAGCUCGUCCGGGUCGGUCACGGACAGCGUCUGCACGGCGUACGAGUCGAACCAAGAGCAAAAGCAGAGUUCGACGUCGGACGAAACAGUCGAUAGUGACAAGUCGAAGAAGGGUGACAACGGGCUUAAGACGACCGCGGCGCAGCAAUCGCCCGCGGUCAAGGCGGAAACGUCCGUGAUCAGCAACAUGCUGGGCGGGUUGUUCCAGUCCACCAACAUGCUCAUGUCCAAAACACCCAAGGCGAACAAGUCGGAAACGUCGCUGAAGCUGAACUUUGAACCCAUGCGGUACUCGUACACAGAUUACGCCAAUGUUGAUCAUAGGCUGAAGCUGUACCUGUAUCAGAACCUGUUUGAGGACGCGAACGAAUCGCUCAAGUGGCUCGUUUCGUGCGUCAUAUUUGACGAGAACAAGCUGGAAGAGUGGCCAACGGGAUUCGACGGGCUGUUCAUCAUGUCCACGACCAAGUUCUACGUCAUGAAGAAGACUGCGGCGGAAAACGAUGAUCCUGCCAGCUGGAUGAAGAAGCACUUGUCCGGAACAAUUGAUCGUGUUGGCAUCGCUCAGGUGCUACCGUGGAAGAUCGGCAUGAAGUUUGUGGUGAGCCAAAUCGGUGGAGUUCACAUAAUCUUGCAGGACAUUCUGCGGACGGAUUGCCUCAUGCUGUUCUUUGCAGACAACCCACUCCCGGAGUACUGCACCCUCGACUAUCAACCGUCGGAACUGCUCACCGGUAAGCUGAACAAGGCCACCAAAGGCGAAAUGGUCAAAAUCCUCAUGAUCAUCAACUUUUGCGACGUGCUGUCCGACGACGUCCUGCAGAGCCUUCAGCUGUCCACGCUCCUGCUGACCGACAAUCACCUGUACCUGUCGGCGGACAUCAAGUGGCUCAGCGACAGCAGCAAGUACCAGAUCGAGCCAAAGUACACCCAGCUGAUGACGAAUCUGGUCGAGCUGGAGGACAUCAACAGUCUGUCGUGUCGGCUCAACUUUAUGGACGAACAGGAGGACAAGUACGAAACGUGGCGGAUAGAUUUCGCCACGGACACCGCCAAAGAGAGCGCCGUCACGACGGUCUGUCACUCGUGGGAGAAGAUCUUUGGAGUGCCUUUGAUAAGUAGUAAAAGCAACAACAACAACAACAGCAAUAACGAAUAACAACGGCUGAUGCGCGACGGAGGUUCAAUUUUGGUUAGAUUUUGCGUUGAAUCUGGACCGGAGGUCUGGUUGGUAGAAUUGAACAAUAUCUCUAAGAAAUUUGCGUGUUUAAGUGGCAUGUUGAAAGUUUGUUCGUUCGAUCGUAAAGUGAUAUUAGAUCUUACAGAAAUCGUGUUUUACCAAUUUUUUCGAGUGUUAUCAUUUGUGUAACAACAUAUUUAUAAUAUUUUACCAUUAUAUUUUACUGACAAUUAGAUAGAAGUAGGAAAGAUUGUGAUCGCUCAUAGACAGUCUCAAUGUGUUUAACUAAAAUGUGUAUAGUGAUGUAAAUUAUAUGGGCUACCUGAUGAAUAAAGUUUAUCGUAUUAAACCGUCGAUCAAAAA